AUGUGGCCCCAAUUAACUCUUCGGCAGAGGCGUUGGACAGCGGUUCAGAAUCCGAAAUCCCGAGGGACGAGCCCCGGCGGUGCCGUGACCUCACGGGACGUUUCCUCCCCCUCCGCAGGCAUCGCCUUCCCGACGAGUAUAUCCGUAAAUAACUGCGUCUGCCACUUCUCCCCCCUGAAGAGUGACCAAGAUUACAUCCUCAAAGACGGAGACUUGGUCAAAAUUGACCUGGGAGUCCACGUUGAUGGCUUCAUAGCGAAUGUAGCACACAGUUUUGUCAUAGACGCCUCAAAGGAAAACCCCGUGUCGGGCCGUAAAGCCGAUGUCAUCAAGGCGGCUCAUCUCUGUGCCGAGGCCGCUCUGCGCUUGGUAAAGCCGGGAAACCAGAACACACAAGUGACAGACGCCUGGAACAAAAUAGCCCACUCGUUUCACUGCACGCCGAUCGAAGGGAUGCUGUCGCACCAGCUGAAGCAGCACGUGAUCGAUGGAGAGAAAACAAUCAUCCAGAACCCUACAGACCAGCAAAAGAAGGACCAUGAAAAAGCAGAAUUUGAGGUCCACGAAGUUUACGCUGUCGACGUUCUCGUCAGCAGCGGAGAGGGAAAGGCGAAGGAUGCUGGGCAGAGAACCACCAUUUACAAAAGGGACCCCUCCAAACAGUACGGCUUGAAGAUGAAAACCUCCCGUGCCUUUUUCAGCGAGGUGGAGAGGCGCUUUGACACUAUGCCAUUUACUCUCAGGGCGUUUGAGGAUGAGAAGAAGGCCAGGAUGGGGGUGGUGGAAUGCGCCAAGCACGAGCUGCUCCAGCCUUUCAACGUCCUCUACGAAAAGGAAGGAGAGUUCGUUGCACAGUUCAAAUUCACGGUGCUGUUAAUGCCCAACGGUCCGAUGAGGAUAACCAGCGGCCCCUUCGAGCCGGAGCUCUACAAGUCAGAGUUUGAGGUGCAAGAUGGAGAACUGAAGGGGUUUCGAAAGAGCAGCAACAAACAGACGCGGCCCAUCGCGCGGGUUUGCGCCCCUCGGGGGGAAUAA